AGUACAAGUAUUUUGCUCAUAAUUUUCCUUCGCUAUUAGCUGUCUUUGUGGCUUUUGAUUUCAGUUCUCGGUGAAAUGUGUUCUGCGGCAACAAGAACAAUGGGUGCUUUGUCGAUCUCCAUUACUCUUCUUCUCUGCAUCUCCCCAGGUAGGCUUGGAAAGAAACAUGUAAAAUUCACGCAGCUUUUUCAAAUAAGUGUAAUGUCUGAGCAGCAAUUUUCAUAAUGGAUUUAUGUCUUCAUCCUAUUUCAAAUACCGUUAUUCUUACAUGAAUGUUCAAAGCAAUUUAGAGGUUUCAUUUGCCGUUAAGAAAGCUGGCUUAUUCCAAAAAAAAUAACUCCAAACAACAUGAAAAGUCACUCCAGUGAAAUGUGGCAAAAGAGAAUCUUUCUGUUUUGCUACCGGGCUACACAAUAUUAUAAUAGGUGAUUAUUCUUCAUAAAUUGACAUUUAAAAGGUCUGAUAUAUUUCCAGGAGCAUUUGUUUAAUUCUCACGAUUUUUCUUUUCAGUUGCGAACUUGAAAAGAGUCACAGGAAAUUUAUGUAUUUAAGUAUUGUUAUUUUGACUUUCACAAGGAUAAAGUAUUUAUAAAAGGAACUCUACAACGGAUCGAUUGGUAUGAAAAUGUCCUCGUCAAACCUUAAUCAUGCUCCUUAAUAACCACACCUUUGAUACAAACCAAAAUACUGACAAGCCACUUGUGAUAUUCAGAAUUUAUGCCAAAACAUUCCAUCGUUUGCAUACUAAUUUUUUUUUUUUUACGGCGACAAAGUACGUGCACUCAAAUGUUACCAGUGUGAUAGCGAAGAAAGUUGGGCGGACUGCGAUGAGAAAGAAAUCACAUGCUCUCCUUGGCAAAGCCGCUGUGCAAAGUUUUUUUACAAAGACGAGACCGAUUUCUCUUACGCUAAAGGUUGUUUGACUGAAAAGGAGUGCCAGGAUGGACCGAGCAAGUUUGAAAGGUGCCGGAAAGCUGAAGAGCGGGGCUUAAAAGUCACGUGUGAUUUGUUAUGUUGUUCCGAUGACCGUUGUAAUGGAGCAAACGACGUAUCAAAGGUCAGCGGUAUCAUAUUCAUGGUAUGCGCCCUAUUAGGAUUACUGGCCGUACUGGUUUGAAUGCGACACAUAACUGAUUGCUUGCCGUAAUGACUUAUUAAAAUAAUGGCUCUAAAAAUCAGAGUACCAUUGGCUGAGGGAGAAAAACAUGAUCAAGAUCAUAAUUAAUUUGUAAAAUGUCAUUGUCGAUGCGACAUGCAGUAUUGAUGAAAACUUGCACAUCGAGCUUGUAU